AUGAAGUUGAACAACAUUUCUGGUUCUUUUUUAUGUGUGUUUAUCUUACUAUUGGUCAAGGUUGGUUUUACAACAGGACAAACUGCUUCUACAGAUUUAACCACAAUAGAUGAUGCGACAACGGAUAACUCAACCACUGCUGUACCAGCAACAACACAGAUAAAUGAUUCCACUUCAAAUUCUGUGACAUCUGACCUUGAAAAAUUAUCUACUACUAAUCUGCAUUCCGAUUCAACAGUCAAUGAUUCGACUCUCCUAUCUUCAACGAGUCCUUUUGGUGCGUCUUCCGACAUCACUACUAGUACCCCAAUCUCCCUUACGAUAUCUCUCGAUCAAUCGACAAGUUCAGCAGAUGUUAGUACUACUUCUGCAUCUUCAACUAGCCAGUCAUCGGAGUCAACUGUAACAGACACUGCACAGCCUUCCGCCACGUCCAUGGCUUCUGAACCUUCAACUAGCCAGUCAUCGGAGUCAACUGGAAUAAGCUCUACAGAGUCUUCCGCCGCGUCUAUGGCUUAUGAACCUUCAACUAGCCAGUCCUCGGAUUCAACUGGAAUAAGCUCUACAGAGUCUUCCGCCGCGUCUAUGGCUUCUGAACCUUCAACUAGCCAGUCAUCGGAUUCAACUGCAUCAAACCCUACAGAGUCUUCCGCCGCGUCUAUGGCUUCUGAACCUUCAACUAGCCAGUCAUCGGAUUCAACUGGAAUAAGCUCUACAGAGUCUUCCGCCGCGUCUAUGGCUUCUGAACCUUCAACUAGCCAGUCAUCGGAGUCAACUGCAUCAAACCCUACAGAGUAUUCCGCCGCGUCUAUGGCUUAUGAACCUUCAACUAGCCAGUCCUCGGAUUCAACUGCAUCAAACCCUACAGAGUCUUCCGCCGCGUCUAUGGCUUCUGAACCUUCAACUAGCCAGUCAUCGGAUUCAACUGGAAUAAGCUCUACAGAGUCUUCCGCCGCGUCUAUGGCUUCUGAACCUUCAACUAGCCAGUCAUCGGAGUCAACUGCAUCAAACCCUACAGAGUAUUCCGCCGCGUCUAUGGCUUCUGAACCUUCAACUAGGCAGCCAUCCGAUGCACCUGGAGCAGACACUACACAAUCUUCCACCUCAUCUUCCGACAUCACUCCUAUUACCCCAAUCUCAACUACGACACCUCCCGAACAAUCGACAAGUUCGCCAAGUGUUGAUACUACUGCGUCUACGUCGAUUCCUACAUCGUCUAAUCCAGCAACAUCCGUGAUAACGAUAAGUGAUACAAGUACGAAUACAAGUGUAUCUAAUACUUACAUAUCUUCCAUCUAUGCAUCCACCUCAACACCUAUACAGACAACCAACACAACAAUAACAACAACAACAACAUUUAUCAGUCCUUUAUUUUCGAUUGGAUCAGCUUCGUAUGAGUAUACAGUGAAUCAAGCUGGUGAGCCGACUAAGCUACCGUGUACGAAUAUAAAUGAGACAGCUUGUCGAAAUAACUUGACUGAUAUGUUACACAAUCUUCUUUCUCCAUUAUUCAGCAACAUCAAAAUUGAUGAUCUCAAUUGUAGCAGCGAUCCUUGCAAUCUAUUAUAUACGGCGUCAUUUGAAAGCUACAAACAAUUCAAUGAUUCAGAAAUACAAGCUUUCAUUGUGAACAGGACGAGUCAACUGGGAUCAGUCCGAUCUACAGAUCGAAAAGGCGAACCGCUAUGCCGUGGUUAUUCUGACAAAUGGCCUAAAACUCAAGGUGCUUGUGUUUACUGUGGUACUGAGCGUCCAUGUGCUGAUUUUGAUGAAUCAACAUGCGAUCCAGGAGAGUAUGGGAAACUUUUGGUAUGCAGAUGUGAUCGAACAAAACACUUUUUCCGAACAAACUAUGAUUAUGAUGGAAGAUGUAACCGUACAGCAACAAUAACUUGGGAACAGAUGCUGGCACUUUGUUUAUUAUUAUUCUUCAUACUUUUACUCCUUCUUGCUCUUCUUUUACUCCUAUGUCGACGACGCCGAAAAUUAGCUAAACAAGCAACACGAGAACCUGAAGUUCUAGCCAAUGCACCACAAAAACCACGUAGCAUGGAAUCAAGCAAUAUUUACAAUUCUGGUCGAAUGCACUCGAAUGAUUAUUCAACAAUUCCACAUUUACGCCGAGCGCCGCUAUUAUAUUCAGUACCUCCAUCAAAUGAUUAUGUUUAUCAACCACGUACAACACAAAAUUACACAUAUCCGUCACGCAAUUAUCCGUACACGCAUGGAGGUGCAUCUCCAACGUAUCUCGGUGAAACUGAUGAUCGACUCGGUGUUUUACGUGAUUUAGUUAAUGAAUACACUCUUGAAAAUGGAGCAAGCGGACGUGUCAAUCUUGCACGCGACCUUGAUGAUGAUGAUGAGAUAUAUGUUUAA